ACGACUUCGUUACGCUUGGAGAAGGGGGCGGGGCCUGCAACGUCGGACAGAACGAGGGGACGCAACGGAGGCAGGCCGGAGCCGCUGCCGUCGCCAUGACCCGCGGUAACCAGCGCGAGCUCGCCCGCCAGAAGAAUAUGAAAAAGCAGAGCGACUCGGUUAAGGGAAAGCGCCGAGAUGACGGGCUUUCUGCUGCCGCCCGCAAGCAGAGUGCCCCAUCAUCUCUACCCCCAGGGACUCGGAGAUCAUGCAGCAGAAGCAGAAAAAGGCAAACGAGAAGAAGGAGGAACCCAAGUAGCUUUGUGGCUUCGUGUCCAACCCUCUUGCCCUUCGCCUGUGUGCCUGGAGCCAGUCCCACCACGCUCGCGUUUUCUCCUGUAGUGCUCACAGGUCCCAGCACCGAUGGCAUUCCCUUUGCCCUGAGUCUGCAGCGGGUCCCUUUUGUGCUUCCUUCCCCUCAGGUAGCCUCUCUCCCCCUGGGCCACGCCUGGGGGUGAGGGGGUUACCCCUUCCCAGUGUUUUUUAUUCCUGUGGGGCUCACCCCAAAGUAUUAAAAGUAGCUUUGUAAUUUC